AUGGAUGGAAAUAUUGAUGUAUGCAUUCCGGUUUCUGAGAACAAAUCUGAACAAGUACAUGGCCAAGUGUCUAUAGAAAAAGAAUUUGACUACUCACAAAGAGGACAGUGGCUGCGUGCUGCUGUUCUGGGAGCCACUGAUGGUCUAGUCUCUGUCUCAUCUCUGAUGAUGGGUGUUGGAGCUGUCAAACAAGAUGUGAGAGCCAUGUUUCUAACAGGCUUUGCUGGCUUAGUUGCAGGUGCAUGCAGUAUGGCAAUAGGUGAGUUUGUUUCAGUCUACUCCCAACGAGAUGUAGAGUUGGCUCAGAUGAAGAGAGAUAAGAGAAUUUCAGGAAAUGAGGAGGAAAGUGAGAAGGAAGCACUCCCGAAUCCCAUUCAGGCAGCUGCAGCAUCGGCCCUUGCAUUCAUGUUGGGGGCCAUCAUGCCUUUACUGGCUGCUGCUUUCAUAAUGGACCAUAAAGUUAGGCUGGGGGUGGUGGUAGCCACAGUGAGCUUGGGGCUUGUGGUUUUCGGGUGGAUUGGGGCUGUUCUUGGGGGGAGUCCUGUGGUGAAGUCUUGUUUUAGGAUUCUGGUUGGAGGGUGGCUGGCUAUGGCUAUUACUUAUGGAUUGACCAUGGGGAUAGGAUCUACUGUCAUGUAG